CUUGAGGCGUUCAGGAAACAAAAUGUGAAACGUUUUUCUCACCUCAGUGGUUUUUCUUGGCGAGCAAUAGUAGAUAGGGUAAACUUGUGUUUAUUAUAUAAUGAGCUCAAUAACGAAGAGUAAAUCUCAUGUUUCGUCACUGAUGUCAGCGAUAAAUCCACUUGCAAACCCAAGAGGAGCGAAAAAGCAAUGUGAGCUUUGUCAAAACCCUGCGUACCUGCAAUGCAGUAAGUGUCGGGUCACUUUCUACUGGUAAGUUUAUGAAGUAGUAGUCGACAUAGUUAGCUAGCAUAGAUACGCCUUAAAUGACCAUAAAAAUGGCAUUAUUUUAAUAUGGCUCCAAGAACAACAACUUGCUAGUAAGUUACAGUAGUUCACAGCUUCUGACUUUAAGUUUUAUGAAAAAUAAAUCUGACCAGUUUCAAUACUAGGUGGCAGUGUUUUGUUAGCUACAAACGUAUUACUAGAUAGUCAGAGACACUAAAAGCAGACUUGUGUUGGCCUCAGUCAAAAUGUGGUACUGGGAACAGAUGGAAAGCAAGUUAGCUCUUUUGAAGGAUAUUUUUAAGAGAAGAAUGUCAAGUGAAGUACGCCUAAGCCAUAUCAUGCGGUCUCUGAAAGAGUGCACCCUUAUGUAAUAGCAAGUCCUACUGAAUUUCUAGUUUUAUAUAUGCUACAUUUAAAAGCACAAUCCUUAAUUCGUUCCUCAUCUGAACAGCAGCCCUGCCAUUUGGUUUGCUAUAUUUGAUGAAUCUGUUACUUUUGGGAGAGUUAUUCUUCUUACUAAUACAGUACCUACAGAAAGUAUUCACACCCGUUGACUUUUUCCACAUUUUGUUGUGUUACAGCCUGAAUUUAAAAUGGAUUAAACAGAUUUUUUGUCACUGGCCUACACACAAUACCCCAUAAUGUCAAAGUGGAAUUAUGUAUUUUGUUUAAAAACAAAACAAAUGUGUAACAAAUUAAAAGCUGGAAUGCCUUGAGUCAAUAAGUAUUGAACCCCUUUGUUAUUGCAAGCCUAAAUAAGUUUAACAAGUCACAUAAUAAGUUGCAUGGAUUCACUCUGUGUGCACUAAUAGUGUUUAACAUGAUUUUUGAAUGACUACCUCAUCUCUGUACCCCACACAUACAAUUAUCUGUAAGGUCCCUCAGUCGAGCAGUGAAUUUCAACCACAGAUUCAACCACAAAGACCAGGGAGGUUUUCCAAUGCCUCUCAAAGAAGGGAACCUAUUGGUAGAUGGGUCAAAACAAAAAAAAGCAGACAUUGAAUAUCCCUUUGAGCAUGGUGAAGUUAUUAAUUACACUUUGGAUGCUGUAUCAAUACACCAAGUCACUACAAAGAUACAGGCGCCCUUCCUAACUCAGUUGGCGGAGAGGUAGGAAACUGCUCAGGGAUUUCACCAUGAGGCCAAUGGUGAAUUUAAAACAGUUACAGAGUUUAAUGGCUGUGAUAGGAGAAAACUAAGUAUGGAUCAACAACCUUGUAGUUACCCCACAAUACUAACCUAAAUGACAGAGUGAAAAGAAGGAAGCCUGUACACAAUACAAAUGUGGGAAAGAAAUUAACUUUAUGUCUUGAAUACAAAGCUCUAUGUUUGGGACAAACACAACACAUCACUGAGUAUGACUCUUCAUAUUUUCGAGUAUGGUGGUGGCUGCAUCAUGUUAUGGGUAUGCUUGUCAUCAUCAAGGACUAGGGAGUUUUUUUUUGGAUAAAAAUAAAUGGAAUAAAGCACAGGCAAAAUCCUAGAGGAAAACCUGGUUCAGUCUGCUUUCCAUCAAACACUGGGAGAUGAAUUCACCUUUCAGCAGGGCAAUAACCUAAAACAGAAGGCUAAAUCUACACUGGAGUUGCUUACCAAGAAGACAGUGAAAGUCCUCUGGCAGCAUACCACCCUGCAGCCCACUGCUGGCUUGCCACUGAAGCUAAGCAGGGUUGGUUGUGGUCGAUCCCUGGAUGGGAGGCCAGAUGCUGCUGGAAGUGGUGUUGUAAGCUCUUAAAAACUUACCCAGAAAGACAGCUGUAAUUGCUGCCAAAGGUGAUUCUAACAUGUAUUGACUCGGGGGUGUGAAUACUUAUGUAAAUUAGAUAUUUAUGUAUUUCAUUUUCAAUACAUUUGCAACUAUUUCUAAAAACAUGUUUUCUCUUUGUCAUUCUGGGGUAUUGUGUGUAGAUGGGUGAGACAUUAUUAUAAAAAAAAUUAUUCAGGCUGUAACACAACAAAAAGUCAAGAGGUAUGAAUACUUUCUGAAGGCACUGUACAUAAUAUGGCCUAGUUCUUGGUGACAGCCUUCCACUAGCCCUAAGCUUUAAGGGAUGAGACACUAAAGCCAUUCCCUCUGAGGGAGCUUAAAAGCGUGUUAUAUCCCUGGCUCUGUCCCCCUGCUGCGUCUCUUCCUUUAAAACUAAUUUCUCUCAUCCUGCAAGUAUGAAAACUAGCCUACCUCUAGGGCCAGCUGUCUGCCUACGUCCGGAUUAAUAGACGUCUCUGUGCCAAGUGGCUGCAUAAACACUGCCAUGCUCUGGAGCAACAGAGAGCAGUCCCAACCAGCCAAACACACCAUACAUUAUGGUCUACAGACUGAGUUAGGGACCUUCAAUGAAUGAGAAAGUACAGGUCUGUGUCCUUAGGAGCCCCUUGACUCUUGUGUGAGUGCAUAGUCAGUGCAUGCACAUUUCAGCUCUCGUGAGCCAGCCCAUAUGCUGUGUUAUUGCCAUGACGUGACUGAACUGCCUUAAAUCCAGACCAGUAAAAACACAUUGGAAUGAACAAGCACCGCAGAAAGAAAACAUGAGGAAACUCAGACAGUUCCAAAGCAUUGGGAAAAUAGCAAGAUGCACAAAAUUAUAAACCUGUUAUUUAAUGCCAUACAAUUUAGGAUACCUUUAGGGGAAUUGAAAGAUGUUGCACAUGGAAUGAUUCAAGUCAUAGCUUAGGCCUAUGCCUUCUUAUUUAAAUGUUAGAGAAGGCAAUGUGACUUAUACAGGCAGACUGAUGUCUUAUCUAGUCUAGUGUCCUCAAAUUGUAUCCCACCCUUAAAAUGUUUCUGUAGACAGACCGACUGUAAUUGAUCUACGCAUGACAUGCCAGGCAUACAGGUACAGCUAUAAUGUCUUCAAAACAAAAUUCCUGAAAACAGUGAGUACCAGUUGGUGAAAGUAAGUACUGUAAGAAACCACAUUGCUCACAUCCAGUCCUGUGUGAUUCGCACAGCGGGGUCAGCUAGGACAAACGGAAAGGAGCCCAUUUUUGGGAUUGGAAUGCAGCCCAUGUCUCUUUUUUUAUUUCAGUGACACGGAGCACCAGCAGGCUGACUGGGUAGGGAUCCAUGAGAAGGUCUGCCAGCUGCUCAUCCCCAUCCGCACUGCAACGCUCUUCCACAGCCUGCAGGCGGACAGAGACCACCACUGCGCCCAGAUACUGCACAGACAAGUGAGGACCAGACACUCACCAGGAUCUUAUUCAUUAGGGCACACCAUAGUGAAACAUUUUUUUUUUUUAAGGAAAACAAAAACCAGCUGUUCUUAUGGACAAGUCCAGUUAGUCCCUCCCUCAUUCAGUCCUUUUCUACUGUUUGUUGUCUAAUGAAUAUGAACAUGAAUAGAGAAAGCUCACCCCAAAAUCAAUGUUUUGUCAGACAUUUUCAUACCUAAAGAGUUGUUUAAGGACAAGAUGAGUCCAUAUUCCAUGCCAUCUGUUAAAUUAAGAGCCUAUACCACAUUUGAGAAAUCAGUAGCCCUCAAUCUCAAAUGAUGUCUGAAGGAAUGUCUGACAACUUUGAUUUUGGGUGGAAACAACUCAAUGAGACCUACUGAAACGCAUGCCCUGUCCUGUACUGUAACUGUAGUGUCUCUGCUUGGUGUAACCCCUGUUUAGGAGGAGCUGAUUGAGAUCUCCAGGGCUGUGGCUCAGAAGAAGCUGUUUGAGGGGAAGUACCAGGAGUCACUGCCUGCCGCCCAGCUCUCCCUGCGCUGUGCAAUGGACGUCUACGGUUCCAGUGCUGUCCAGCUGGUCCCUGCAUACCUCCUGCUGGCCGAGGCCAACGUGGGUGAGUCACAAGAAGGAGGAAACUCCCCAUGAGCUGGCAGUUUUACCAAAGAACAACGGGAAGGCAGAGACCAAAUCAAUUCAAAUGCAGCUAUGAGAUACUAUUGUGUUUACAAUAUGCAUGCAAGGGUAGUAGUAGAUACAUUAGAUUUUAGAGAACCUGCACUGUCUUCAGUCCAUUUUCAGCAUUGUGUUGAACUCAGUGAUUCAUCAAAUCAUUGCUGAUCUGUGUCGAACUCUUUGUUGAAACACAGUGAUCUAUUCCUUUCGGGACGAAUCUUACUUGGGAGCCGUGUAAAUUCAACACAUUUAUACAAAAGUCAGAGAUACGCACGUGGAUCUCAAGAUAGUAUUCAGCGCUCACAGUCUAUAAUUCUGCCCUGUAGAUUCAUGAUUUAGAUGUUGAGACCCUUACCUCUGAUCUGUAGGCCCAUAGCUCUGUAGUUUUUAAGUUUUGACCUGGAUGUGACCCUUGACCCUGCUACAUGACUCUGACCUGUGGAGUGACCCAUGCCACUGAACUAUAGACUGUUGUUGUGUUGCGUAUGAGCCACUCCUCUGCUCCCCUCCCCCCAGGUCUGGGCAGUCUGGCCCAGGCAGAGGAGUACCUGUCUCAGGCUGAGUGGACGGUGAUGAAGACGCCUGAGUGUAGCCAGACCGUCCGCCACCAGCUGCACCGCAACCUGGGUCGCCUGUACACCGCCACAGAAAACCUGGAGGGAGCGCUGUUGCACUUUGCCAACGAUGUGUGUGUCAAAGCUUAUCAGUGGUCAAAUCUACCAGUGCUUCAAAACCACAGAUUUACUAUGGCAGCCAAACUAUAGGGGUGCAUUUCAAUUGUGAAAAGUUGCUUCCUCUCUUUGUUUCUUUGGUGAAAAGAUGGGAUUUAGCGUGUCUCCUUCACCUUUACUAAUCUCAGGGUUGGGAAGUAAUGGAUUACAUGUAACAUAUAUUUUUUAAACUUUAACUGUAAUCCGUUACCAGCUAAAUCAGAUUCUAAUGAGAUUACAGAUACUUUUGAAAAACAAGAUGAUUACUUCUAGGAUUACUUUUAAAUUCAGAAAGGAGGUUUUGACACCUUUCUGUUUUAUCAAUGACAUUCAAAUCAGCAUUGAAAAAAGGCACAAGUUUAAGUUUGUUCCGCCUGAGACAACUAUGAUGACUCACCAAAUGUGUUUUAUGGAUGGCGGGAAAAUAGCAGGAAUAGGCUUUUGUAGGCUACUGUCCAAGUAUGUCUUCCAAUGGUACAACUGCUGUCGGCAUCAAAAGAUUAUCCAGUUUAAAUAAACACUUGGAGGUAAGGACGUCAGCAGUGGUGUAGCCUACAGGCGAUACUGAUAUCAGUUAUUAUUGAUAUCUACAUAGAACAUUGAUGUGAAUCACACUGCUGGCAGAACUUAGCGAUUUCCGCUAGAUGGGCCAGCUGCAAAGUCAAAAUUGGCUAUGUGAAAAUGUAUGAAAACCAACAUUUGCUUUUUGGUCUUCAUUUAAGGUUAGGCUAGGCAUUAGGGUUAGCAGUGUGGUUAAGGUUAGGGGUAAGUUUAAAAUCUGAUUUUAUGUCUUUGUGGCUGUGCCAGUUAGUGACCACUGUGCAGAGCUGCCUCCAGAACAAGCACCUCUUAAAGGUCGUUUUUAUCUCAAUAUCAAAUAGUUUCUACUGUAAUUGUUAUCAGUUAAAAUGGUCAAAAAUAGCUUCUUAGCAAAGAGCAAUUUCUCAAGCCAGAAUUUUGCUAGGACUGUCUGGGAGUGGUCUGAGUGGGGAGGGGAAAACUGAAAACUAGCUGUUAUUGGCAGAGAAGUUUGGAACUCUCUUUCUUAUUGGUCUAUUAACUAAUUUACUGCCUGGUGAUGUCACCAGGCAGGCCAGAACUCCAUCCCACCAAAACAGGCAGAAAUGUCAGGCGGUCUUUUCAAAUAGCUCUUACACCAAAAGGGCAUUAUCAUAAUUUUCACAAUUUCACAGUAUUAUUUCAAACUCAGUGUGGAAAUAUAUAUAAAACACAGGAAAAUCAAGUUUUUGACUGCACUGGACCUUUAAGGGGAAAGUAAUCUAAAUGUAACUGAAAGUAAACAGAUUGCAUUACUGAGUUUGUGUAAUCCAAAAGUUAUGUUACUGAUUACAGUUUUGGACAGGUAACUAGGAACUGUAAUGGAUUAGAAAGUAACAUACCCAACCCUGAAAAUCUGAAAACACAAUGAUUGCAGUGCAGAUUAUAAGGAGUUUUACAGUAUUGUUUUAAACCGUCUCAGAGUAGCUGAUCUAGGCAGAACUGAUCCUAGAUCAGCACUCCUACUCUGAGAUGCUUGAUACAUAUGCUCAUUUGGAUGUCCAAAAUGUUCGCUCCGUGUCCACUAAAGGAUGGGGAUGCUAUCCCCAUGCCAAACAUAUGCUGAGUCAACCAGUGGAGAAUCUCAGGAAUUAUGAAUGCACUUUGACUACCUAUUUGGAUAGAGCUGCAAUAUUCCACAUCUGAACCUGUUUCUUUGGUUUUCAGGUGUACUAUGCCAGUGAGGAGUAUGGCUUGGAUAACAUUGUCACUUGUGGUGGCUACUUUCUGAUGGCCAAUGUCUUUAUCAAGCAAGAAAAGAUGGAUAUUGCCAGUUCCUUAUACACUGAGGUAAAAUUGUAAUAAGUGCCUCACAGUAAAAAAUUGAAGACAAAAUACUGUAGUUUUAUCGUGAUUAUUUACUGGUCUAGUAGCAUUAAAACAGCAAAUGCCUCCAUGAAAACAUAGUGUUUUGGUGUGUGAGUUUGUGCCUGACUACUUUUUUGUGUCUGAUUUUACAGGUGGCAAGUACAUGGCACUCUCACCUGACCAAACUUUUGGAGACUCAUACUCAAGGAUCCAUGACGCUGGAGCACUCUUUUGGUGGGUACAGCUUCAUAUCGAAUAGAUACCAAGGACUGCUGAGAAAUAUGUAUACAUUCUAUGGUGGUGCAUAUAUGUGUACUGCAUCUACAACAGGUUUAUAUAUUGACAAAUCAUUCAAACCAAGACUAAAUUAAAAUGGAAACUUGAUCAGAUAAUGACGCUAUUGAAUUAGCCUCAGCUCCUUCAGUCAAAGUCAAAAUGACUCUAUACCCAAAACCAUUGUGAACAGAUUGAUGGUAGAUGAUAAUAAAUUGUUGACCCACAGAGAUACAUUAAAUUAAAUUGGUCUAUUUAAUUCUGUGGGCUCACUAACAGCCACAUGAUGCAGCCAAUCACACACUUAAUAAACAACAACACUGCCAGCUCUAAGUGGCUUGAUGACAUCAGUAGGUAUCAUCAUCUCCACCAGCCAAAUAGCAUUUGGCUCCAUUCGUGGAUCACUGAAAAUAAGGUCAGUGGCACUAAAUUUAGCAUCUUACCCUGACGUGCUAUCCUAGAGCUAAACCCCAGCUUUAAAUCAACAUGCUCGGGGCUGACUAAGACCAUUCAUGACACAUCUCUGGCUGUCGCAGCUUCUGACACCGCCUCUCUGCUGCUGAUCCCCAUGCAGAUGAAGCUCAGCAGGCCGAAGCGGACCAGAUGCUAAGGGCCAUGCUGAAGGUUCAGGAGAGUAGCCCCAAGCAGGCUGCGGCCCAGAAUGCCCUAGUGGCCCACUCUCUGGCCAUGCUGUGGUUUCCUGGGAGGUUCCCCAGACAAGGUGAGGUGUUAUGAAGACACCCUGACACAUUUCCCUCCACCGUGUCCUUCCCAUGGAGCGCUGUCUAGAGACAGGAUUAGUUUAAAUUAGUCUUAAAGGCUAUUGCUCUGGCAGGAUUUAGUGGGAGUCGAUGCGACUGGCCUGAUACUCCAACUCCCCUCACCGGGCUUCCGGCCAGGGCCACUUCUCUCUGAUCUGGCAAGUAUGCUAGGGCUUAGUGGGGGAUUUUGGGUGUGUUAUCCAGGGAUGUAGCUAGUGUCCAUAUCUAUGAGAAAAGAGAAAGGGCAUGCAAAUGGAGAGAAUGAUUUGCAAGAAGUUUAAUAGAUGCCUGAGAAAGGGAGUCAGGGGGGGAUAAGGUAUUUAUAGUUAUGGCAGCGUUUCCCAAACUUGGUCCUGGGGACCCCAAGGGGUGCACGUUUUGGUUGAUUCAAAUUAUCAAAGCUGAUUCUAAAAUCAAAGCUUGAUGAUUAGUUGAUUAUUUGAAUCAGCUGUGUAGUGCUAGGGCAAAAACCUAAACGUGCACCCCUUGCGGUCCCGAGGACUGAGUUUGGGAAACCCUGAGUUAUGGUCUUUAGUUCAAUAGGAGACAAUGUCUUGGCGAGAGUAAAUAACACACAAACCCAGAACGUCUCCCACUGUCCCACGUCAGCUUUGAUCUCUCCAGUCCCUCCCUCUCUCUUGUUGCAGGGAUCAGGAGCAGCAACUCUCGUCACAUGACAACAAAGAUAGUCAGAGGAGUUGGCUAAAGCACAUGCUGUAGAGAUCUGGAGCAGGCUAUGAUUGAUCGACCUUCAAUGGGGGUUGAAUGAAGCUCAGCUUGGCUAGCCAUUACAGUGCAUCUUAAUGACAGUUGCUUGUCACCUAUACCUAAUCUGCACUGAUCUGAAAAGGAUGAUGGGAAAAGCCAAAGAGAGGGACCUCGGUUUUAAAUGCUCUGUUCUUUCAGAUCAGUGGGGUUGAAGGAGAAAUAUGAGGACAGGAAGCCAUUAUUAGAGAUGACUGAAAUUCACCAAUAGUCUGGCUAGGCAUGACAGACAAUGAAAAAAGCAGGAAAACCAAGAACUCGUUUUUCAUUCAAACCCAUAUUUCCGUAGUGGCAUAUAAACAUAACUAUUUUCCCUAUUGUCCAUAAUAACUGGAAAAGGGUAGAUUCCCUUUACAGGUGGAUGCUUGCAGAAUUAGGCAUGUGUGUAAACAGGCUGCAUUGGUAUGGAUGAAAAUACUGAAUAAGCCUUACUGUGGCAGGUUUUAUUGAAUCUAUCCCAAAUACUGACUGCACUUCAUUUCCUUUGCUACAUUUGGCAAUAAACAAAACAUUCUUAGAUAUUGUCUGAACCAUUUCAGUUCAAAACCUUUCAUCAUGGUGCAUUAACAUCAUAAGAUUGUAUUUAUUUUGUCUGGUUUGUAAAACGUUUGUACAGUCGUAAAACGUUUGUACAGUCAGCACAGUGAAGUCCCAGGCAGUGUCUCGGUAGUUCCAAAUACUUUUCUUUCCUUGUCUUCUUUCCUUCAUAGCCGCAGAUAGAUCACAGGACUGGAUAGGUUUUCAACUGUCCUUUCAGAUCAGUGGGCAUGCCGCUAAGGAAGCUUUUUAAGACUGUUGGGGCAAAGCCCAGUUUACAGUGAUACAUAUUACGUAUAUAAAUUAAUAUACUGUGUAUAUACACAGCAGGAAGUGGGUGCAAUGGCUUUACUGUGUGUGUGUGUGUUGUCAGGCGCUGGAGUUUGGCAGGAAGGCCCUGCAGUCCAGCCAGCUGGUCUCAGACCAUAGCCUGACAGAGCCCAUCCAGAGCCUGCUGCAGCUGGCAGCAGAGAAAGGCCCACACCCUACCAACGCAAGCUGACUGCCCGCCUGCCUGACUGCCUGUCUUCUUGACUGCGUGUCCAUCCACCAGCCGGCUACCUCCUCAGCUCAACACAAAAGAAGCACGCUCCACACGUGAAAAAAUGGGCCAUAGUAGUAGAAUCAUAACAGAAUAAAAUAUGUUGUGACUUUCCAUGGUGACUUCUGAUAGGAUGUGACUGAACAGUAAGGAUGUGUCUUACCGGUGUGUUUUUGAGUUGAGAAUAUAAAAGGCCCAUGAUGCAGCUUGGUUGGCAGACAUGUUGGGAGAGGUACAUUUCAGAUGUGAUGUUCACACUUGAGACAUCUUCUAUUCCCAUUUGUGGGUAUUAAUUAUGCAAUUACACUGUUGCCAUGUAGUUUCUAAAUAAAUACCAGGUAACUGAUGGUCUGUCAAAAAUAGCAUCACCCCGUUUUCUUUAAUAAGAUAAUACUGACAUCUCAUUGUAUGCGAG